AUGGCAGCAAUAUCAAACUCAGAAUCAAUCGGAUAUUUAGCACAGAUUACAGUCGGAAAAGUGGGCUCAGACCUACUCUCGGUUUCACUUCUUUGUUUCUGCUACGCCUGUAUGACUGCAUAUCUAAUAAUGAGCGCCGAAAUUAUACAAGGCUGGCUCAAUUUAAUGGGAGUAAAGACAGAUACUUUUGGCAAAAGAUCACUUGUGGUAGUUGCAUACGCGUUUGUACUUCCGAUUGCAUUAACUAUUCCUAAAGAGAUAAAAUUCCUCAACAUGACGUCGACGUUUUGCUUUGCAGCUUUAGUUACCUAUGUGAUUGGUAUUUUUUACAAAUUCUUUACUAUCGUUCCUUCUAAUGGAAUUAACCCAAGCGUUGAAACUUCGGUAUUUGGAAUUAAGCUAUUCAACGCCCUUGGUAUUUACUCUCUUGCAUUUGCUCUCGCAGGUGUAAUCAUCCCGAUAAUUAGAAAUAUGGAACCAACACUGCAUAAGAGAUAUCAAGCGGUUGGGAUUGCAUUUUUCUUAUCAUUUAUUAUUACUUUAAUACCCGGACUUCUGGGUUAUCUCAUCUUUGGCAGCGGUUCUAAGCCGUUUAUUUUAUCUAACUUCCCAGAUACAGAUAUUCUCUUUAUAAUUGUUAGGGUAGCUUGCCUAAUUGUGCUUACAGCUUCCUAUCCGGCUCUAGGAGUAACAAUUCUUGCAGUAUUUAGUAGAUGGCUCUACAAAACGGAAAAUCAUGCCGCCCUUCUGUGGAAACACCGAGCAAUAGUACUCGUUUGCCAGAAUAUAUUACCCCUUGCAGUUGCAAUUUUCUUGCCGAACGUCAGGCCUGCAAUGGGAAUUGGUGGAGCGUUUGGAGCGGGUGUAUCUAACCUAGUGCUGCCACCACUGAUGUAUGUUUUCAUUUCGAAGAGAAGAUGGUAUCAUUGGAAGAAUGUUUUAUGUUUACUAAUGUUCAUUGUUGGAACUGCGGCGGCGGCAAUUGCCACUUAUGAAGCUGUCUUAGAUUGUAUUCAUGCUUUUGCAUCUCAUGUUAAAUGA